AUGCCUGACUGGGUCAUUUUGAAUUUGGUUAGGCUUGCCUUCCAUUUCUUCUGGGGCGGUAAACGUGAACUUGUACGUCGAGCUGUUAUCGUUCAACCCCCUGAUCAGGGUGGUUUCUCGGUAGUGGAUGUCCAGCGGAAGGUUUCAUCUCUUCUCGUUCAAUGGGUGAGGCGUUUUCUCUCAUCCUACGCUAAUUGGUCUCACUUCCUUACUUUCUGGUUCUUUUCUGUUUUCAACUGCUCUGUGCUUGAUGUUUUUUCGCGACCUUUUGCUUAUAGUCCUCUUGCCCUGCCUCCGUUUUACCAGUCACUUUUGCUGUCUUGGCGUAGUGUCAAUGGUUCCUUCUCGGUUCCUCGCUCCUGUCUAGUUAUGGGCUCUCAAUCAUCUGAGCACGCUAUGUCGGCAGUGAGCAUGUCUGCUAAGUCUUGCUACUCGUACCUGUUGUCUAUUAGUCUGUCCCCACCGCACUGUGUUGCUAAAUUUCGUCCCACGUUUGGUGACCUCUACUGGCCGACCACCUGGAAAUCGUUAUUUCUCUUUCCGCUGGACCGCCCCGUUACUGAUCUUAAUUGGAAGAUUGCGCAUGGGGUGCUAUACACUGUAGACCGUCUCAUCUCCUUUGGUUAUGGCUUUGACCCUACCUGCUUUUGUUCUUGUCCUGUAGAAACGGCUCCCCAUUUGUUUUAUGAGUGUCCUCUGGCGCAAAGUGUCCUCUCGUGGCUUCAGUCCCUGAUGUUUAAGUGUAGCCCUUCGUUGCCUUCUUUGUCGUUACGGCAUGUUCUUUUUGGUUUCUCUGCGGACGAGCUGGUCUCUGUCCCGAGGAUCUUUGCUUACCUCUUGAAUGUCUGUAAGUUUUUUAUUUGGUUAGCUCGGAACGACUUUCGUUUUCGGGACACUCGUCCUGGGGCCAUUGUUGUUAUUGGUCAAGUGAAGGCCCGGGUGGCCUUCUACUUGCCGCUCUAUUUUAAGCGCUUCCGCUCCGCUCGUCGCAAACGUUACUUCCUGCGUCAGUGGUGCGCCAAUGGUACCUUAGGUUCGGUUGGUGAGGCUGGCCUCUCAAUCUCGUUGUAACUGUGUUCCCUUUCUUCUUUGUUCUUGCUUGAGUGAGUGUGUCUAUGGUCCCUAUGGUCGCCUUAGUUGGUUGCACUGUGGUUCCUCCUGCUGGAUCUGCUGGUCUCCUUUGUUGGUCGUACUGGCCCCAGUCUUUGCUUGAGUGAGUGUGUCUGUGGUUCCUAUGGUCGCCUUAGUUGGUUGCACUGUGGUUCCUUCUGCUGGAUCUGCUGGUCUCCUUUGCUGGUCGUACUGGCCCCAGUUUUUGCUUGAGUGAGUGUGUCUGUGGUCUCUAUGGUCGCCUUAGUUGGUUGCACUGUGGUUCCUUCUGCUGGAUCUGCUGGUCUCCUUUGUUGGUCGUACUGGCCCCAGUCUUUGUUUGAAUGAGUGUGCUUGUUAGUUUUAGUGCUCGUUUUAGUGAGUGUGCAUUUAGAUUUAUUUGCCUUUUGUGGCGUUUGAGUGAGUGUGUUUUUAGCUAUUUUGUAUGUUCUAGUGCCCGCGUCUUUUAACUUGUUCUGCUGUCCUGUACAUGUUUGUCCUGUAUUUUGUUUUGUCCUGUACUGUGUAUGUAGGGGUGGGGGUUCGAUUCCCCAGUCAGUUUCUGUACUGGUGUACUGCCCCGGUUUGCUGUGUGUGGUACUAGACUUUAAGUCUGGCGGCAUUGCACCACCCUACUGGGGGGCCGGCCAUUCACUGUAAACACAAAAAACUUACCUGACGCUUGAUUUCGCGACGCGGAAGCCCUACCCUUGUGGUAUAAUUUCUGCGUUCUUCAAGUGGUGAGUGUCGCUACAUUUCCAAGCUUGUUCCAGUCUGCGUGACUACGGACGUCUUUGGUGGUGUGGUUUUUCUUAUCUUGGCCUACUUGGUAGUGCUGCUGCAAGUCUACGGUCGUCGUGUUUGUAAGUUUUUGCCUUUUUUCUAAGUUUGGGUUGCCCCCCCGGUUCCACUGUUAGUGGUCUUGGGUGGCCCCCCGUCCCCCGUUGGGCGUUGCCCACCUGGGUCUAGCCUUGUUUUUUUGGUUUCUUUCUUUUGUGGUUGGGCCCCUUUUUGGGUCGCCCGUCUCCUUUUUCUCCCCGCCCGUCAGGGCUUAACCCCGUUGGGUUUCCUUCCCUUGCUUUUCUUGUUUUCGCUUUUUCGGCUAUGGCUUUGCGCGCGUUUCGCCGCACUGUAAGUUUGGAUGUUUCCCAGCUGGCUGUAACUAAUGACCGUAAGAAAGUCUGCGAGCUUAUUGUAAACCAUUUUGCGAACCAUAAGAUUCACGCCGUACAAUUCGUGGGUACAGCUGCUAAAGUAACCUUUGCUGUUGAAGCCAGCAAGCAAGAGGUUAUAAACCAUCAGGCCAUUAACAUUAGUGGUGUUCAGUGCGCGGUUAGGGGUGGUGGUCCCCGCGCUCAAAAUGUGCUUAUUUAUAAUUAUCCUGUUGAGGGGUCUGAAGAAUCUAUUCGUCGUGUUUUGGGGCUUAUGGGGUUAUUGAGAGAAUCUCUUUUCGUCAUUGGACCCAUUUGA